AUGGACGAGGUCCGGUCACAGAUCGGCGAGGCGUUCCGUCUCGCCGGCGAGCUCAUGGACGAGCUCCCGACGACCGGGAACGACCCGGCCUACCUCGCCGCGCGCUGCCACGGCAUUGUGCACGCUUACAACACGGCCAUCCGCACGCUGCAGCACUACGGCGCCGUGGGCGCAGCCGCGCCGCAGCAGUUCGCCGGCGAGCCGCUCGACCUCCUUCGCCUACGCAGCACGGAUGACUCCGGCGCGAGCCAGCUUCUCCUGGAUCCUCCGGCCCAUUUGCGUCACCUGCAGGAGCAGUUCCACAUGCCGGCCGCCGUGUUCAGCGGGCUAGCGCCACCGCAAGCGGUGCGCGCCGGGGCGGACGUCGCAGGCACGUCUGGCGGCCCGUUGAGGCGGGCGUCUACGUCGAGGUCCCCGCCGGCGGUCCAGCCACGGCAGGGCAGGAGGAGGAGGGAAAGCGGGCAGAGGGAGACGGUGAUGGUUCCCGCGCAGCGGACUGGCAACACCGAGCUGCCACCGGACGACGGGUACACGUGGCGUAAGUACGGCCAGAAGGACAUCCUCGGCUCCAAGUACCCAAGGAGCUACUACCGGUGCACCCACAAGAACUACUACGGAUGCGACGCCAAGAAGAAGGUGCAGCGCCUGGACGACGACCCCUUCACGUACGAGGUCACCUACUGUGGCAACCACAGCUGCCUCACCUCCACCAUCCCACUCUUCACCCUACCCGAUGCCACCGCCACCGCCACCACCAACUCUCCGACCGCCGCGACAGGAUCCGGCCUCGCCCCUGAAGAACUCCUCAUGGCGCCCGCCGAGCAGGCGCACUCUGCGGCGCUGUCCACGUCCAUCCACCUCGGCAUAAGUUGGAUGCCGGCAAGCCUCCACAGCAUUCAGGCCGCCACCACGAGCGCCGGCGUUGGGAGCAGCGGCAGCGCGCAGAUGAAUGUGUCCACCGCAGGGAAGGACACGGAUUACCCGGCGCUGGACCUCGCCGACGUCAUGUUCAACUCCGGUUGUAGCGGGGGCAGCAGCAUGGACGCCAUCUUUUCUUCUCAUGAUCGACGGGAUUUCUAGAAGAACUGAUAUAGGCUGCAGGCAAAGAUCUGGACACUAUUCAUUCUAAUAUUCGUUCAUGUGGAGAAGCCACAUGAUC